CCUAACAUCACCCACAGUACAGCAGGGGAUGGGUGUAAUGUGAAGGGUAGUAGCUGAGGAGGACGCUGAAAAAAGACAUUCAACAUCUCUGCGGUGUCUGAAAUUAUUUCUAAGGGUUUGAUGUAACUGGAGCAAGAACAGAGCCAUGGGAAGGCCAAUGCUUGAAGUGUUUCUGAUCCUGUUUGCUGUGAUGCUGAUGGGCACUGGGGCCAAAAAUUGUGUGUGCAAUGGAAAAUCAAGGUGCCGCUGUGAAGGAGUGAAAGGCAGCAGGGGAGACAAAGGUUUUUCAGGAGUUCCUGGUCCCCCAGGGCAAGAGGGCCGUCAAGGAUCAGAUGGUCAUCCUGGGCCUUCGGGACCAAAGGGCAACACUGGGCCUGAUGGACCCACGGGGCCAAAAGGCGAUCCGGGACCCGAGGGCAAAGAAGGAUUUGCUGGGUCUCAUGGUUUACCGGGUAUUCCAGGUUUACAAGGGCCUACAGGAACCACAGGGGCCCCAGGCUGCAAUGGAACUGAUGGAGAUGAAGGACCUCCUGGUAUUCCCGGCGUCUAUGGCAUUGAUGGAAGUCCAGGUCCACCUGGUCUGCCUGGACCUAAGGGUGGAUCUUGGGUAUCAGGAAAUGCAAUACCAGGGUCACAUGGGCCACCAGGGAGGGUCGGAGAGCCGGGAAAUCCAGGUUUCCAUGGAAAGCAUGGACAACCAGGGGACCCUGGACCACAUGGCUCUGCCGGGUCUCCUGGUCGUCCUGGGUCUCCAGGAUCAAAGGGUCAAGAAGGCAUAGGCAGUAUCCCAGGACCUCGUGGACCACAGGGGAGACCAGGAUCACGUGGCCCACCGGGGCCACCGGGUCGGAUCAAGGAGUUUUUCACUGGGAGUCUCGUGUCAAAGGGAGAAAAAGGAGAUAAUGGAGACCUAGGAAUAAAAGGCUGCAAGGGUGAACCAGGAGACCCAGGUUAUGGCCUUUACACCAAAGGAGCAAAGGGAGACAAAGGACUGGCGGGUUCACAAGGAAAGCCAGGAAAGGAUGGUGAUCCUGGACAAUCGAGUCAGGGAUGGCCUGGCCCCAAAGGUGAUCCAGGAUAUCCAGGGACAGCAGGAUGGACGGGCGAAAAGGGAGAUAGGGGUUCCCCUGGUCCACCUGGAGAUAUAUUAGGCCUGAUUGAGCCACUCAAAGGGUACCGCGGAGAUCCUGGUUUCCCAGGCUCCCAUGGGCUCCCUGGACGUCCAGGUGUUGAAGGAUUUCCAGGACCUGAUGGACCUCCAGGCCAAUCAUCUGGGAUUUACAUACCAGGCCCACAUGGUCCCGAUGGCUUUCCAGGCCCCAAAGGGGACCCUGGGGAGCCUGGGGAUAUUUAUCCAGGACCCCCAGGUCUAGAUGGGGAUGAUGGGGAUCAAGGGCCUCCUGGGGAUCAGGGCCCACCUGGACCUCCUGAAAACGGAACCAAUAGGAUUACCAAAGGUCACCCAGGAAUGAAGGGAACAAGAGGAAUAUCUGGACCUGUGGGAUAUGAUGGGCAGUAUGGAAUGAAAGGAGUGAAGGGGGAGCCCUGUUAUGAGUGUAUCGGAUCAGGAAUCCCAGGACCACCGGGUCCACCAGGCCUGCCUGGCAUCCCUGGAUAUAAUCAAGGACCAGGCUCUAAAGGUGAUCCAGGCUUCCCAGGACCUAGGGGUUUACCUGGAAGCCCAGGUCCUAUUGGUCAAAUGGGAUUUCAAGGCCCUCCAGGACAAAAGGGAGACUCAUAUUCCUACAACACUGCGAUAAAGGGGGGUGAUGGAGACCCGGGACUUCCUGGCAGACCUGGUAUAGAUGCCCUCCCUGGGUUUCCUGGGUUACCUGGUCGCAAGGGCAAUCAAGGGCCUCCAGGGGAUUCGUAUCCAUUCCCUGGUGCAGAGGGAGAACAUGGCUUCCCAGGGCCACCAGGGCCUUUAGGCAGACCGGGACCAGUUGGCUACCCUGGGCCUGUUGGAUAUGGGCCUGCUGGACCUCCCGGAACUACGGGAGAUGUUGGGGUACCUGGCCUGCCAGGGCAACCUGGGAUUCCAGGCCAAAAAGGCGAACCGAGCCAUAUCCACUUGACAGGACUUCCUGGACCACCUGGAUUUAAAGGUCAGCCUGGUUCACCUGGAAACCCAGGUAAUCACGGAGCACCAGGUACCCCCGGAAUACCAGGCUUACGAGGACAGAAAGGAGAAAGUGGUGUGGUGUCAUUUCCUGGAAGUCCGGGGAUCCCAGGACAGAAAGGUGACAAGGGGCAGCCAGGUCUCCCAGGCUUUCCAGGGAGGGGCUUGCCUGGUCGUGCAGGUUCACAAGGCCCUCCUGGUCCUGCAGGACUGAAGGGUGACGGUGGGCCUGGAUACCGUGGCCCCUCAGCCCCUGGGCCUCCAGGAGAAGAUGGAGAUCAGGGGCCCUUAGGAGAUCCUGGGAUCCCUGGCCUACCUGGGAAGCCAGGAGGACAUGGAAAUCCUGGUUUUCCAGGAGAAAAGGGAAGUAAAGGUUCUGUAGGCCCCCCAGGACUACCUGGUAAUAAAGAUGCAUGUAAAGCUGAUUUACUUGGGCCAAGGGGACCACAAGGACCAGAUGGGUAUCCAGGACAUCCAGGAUCCAAUGACUCCCCCGGUGAGAAGGGGAACCAAGGUUUGCCAGGGUUUGGUCGUCCUGGUGUCCCCGGAGAACCUGGUUUUCUUGGGCCAUCAGUGCCAGGUUCACCUGGGCUCACUGGACAAAAAGGAAUCCAUGGACAAAACGGCCUGCCAGGUCAACCAGGACUGAGAGGAGACCCUGGACCAGAUGGGUUACCAGGAUAUGGACCAGAUGGGUUGCCUGGAAUUCCAGGACCACCAGGCCAAAUAGGUGACCCCGGCCCAGAUGGAGCCAGUGGUUCCCGGGGUUCACCAGGCAUGGAUGGCGAGCCAGGUCCCAGAGGUCUUCAAGGCCCUGAAUCACUCCAAUCAUUAGCCGUUGUUGGGCCAGCAGGGGAACCUGGCAUUCUGGGUUACCUUGGUCUAUCUGGUGCCAAUGGAGAUACUGGAAGUAUUGGACCAAAAGGGCGGAGAGGUAGAGAUGGACCACCAGGGGGUUCUGGACAAAGAGGUCCCCCAGGUGAUCCAGGGGUUGAUGGACUAGUAGUCUCAGAAGGAAGUCGAGGACCUGCUGGAGCUCCUGGAGACCCAGGAGUCCAAGGGCCUGCAGGCCUAAAGGGAAUAAAAGGAGAUCAAGGAAUCUUAGGACGGCCAGGUCCAGAUGGUGCACCAGGUCCAACUGGUAGCAAAGGCAUUAAUGGAGAGCCAAAUUACAAUGGAUAUGGAUGGCCUGGACCAGCAGGACAAAAGGGUGAACCAGGCUCAACCAAUACUUACGUGAUGAAGGGUCAAAAAGGGGGACCUGGUUCUUUUGGACUUCCAGGUUUACCAGGAAACGGUGGAGACAAAGGAAACCCAGGGCCUGAUGGACAAAAUGGUUCACCAGGCUAUCAAGGGCCUAAAGGCUCAGCUGGACCUCCAGGAAUCAAAGGACAGCCAGGUCUCAAUGGACCUGCAGGUGACCCAGGCCUUCCGGGUGUUGGUAGUUAUCCAGGUCCUAAAGGCAAUCAGGGCCGGGACGGGAUCCCUGGACCACCAGGGCAGAAAGGAGACACUAACAUCAUAGGAGGGACACCUGGUAGGCGUGGUGACACAGGUCAACAAGGUCCCCCAGGGAACCCUGGUCCCCCUGGCUUGUCUGUUACAGGGAGUCCUGGACCAAUAGGAGAGAGAGGAUUUCCAGGUUCACCUGGGGUUUCUGGUCCCAGAGGACUACCAGGAAGGGAAGGGGCUUGUGUUCCUGGGUCAAAAGGAGACCGUGGUCAUCCUGGCAAUCCUGGUGGCCCAGGCUAUCGUGGCUUACCUGGCCUUCCAGGUCCCACAGUGCCAGGGUUAAAAGGAGACAGAGGAGGACCAGGUCUUACAGGAGGCCCAGGCUAUAGUGGACCCCAAGGAGAUCCAGGCCCUCAAGGACCACCUGGUCCGGGUAGACCUGGAGGCCCGGGACCAAGAGGUGAUUCUGGUCGUCUUGGAACCCAUGGGCUCCCUGGUGUCAAGGGAGACCCUGGAUACAUCCCUGGCCCUCCUGGUCCACCCGGGAUAAAAGGAUUUCCUGGACCACCUGGCUUAAAAGGCGAUUCAACGUUUGUCAGGGCGAUAUAUGAACCAGGACCUUCUGGCUCACCUGGUUCCCCUGGCAACCGAGGAGCCCCAGGGAUCACUGGACCAUCAGGCUCACCAGGCCAACCAGGUCAGCCAGGCAUCAAAGGCGGGCGUGGUUCCAGCCCAGAUGGCCAUCCUGGAUUUACUGGCCCCAAAGGAGACAAAGGGGGAGCAGGACUGCCAGGUCCAGAAGGCAGAUCUGGAGACCCAGGCAAUAAGGGUCCUCCAGGGUUGCCAGGCAGAGGUGGUCCAGGUUCUGUUGACAGUUUCCUGAUAGCCAGACACAGUCAGGGCACAAGUGUCCCUGACUGCCCUUAUGGCACCAGCCUCAUCUACUCGGGUUACUCCUUCCUCUUCAUCAACGGAAAUGAGAGAGCUCACGGUCAGGACCUUGGCACCACGGGAAGCUGUCUCCCUCGUUUCACCACCAUGCCCUUCCUGUUCUGUGACACGGAAAGUAACUGCCGCUAUGCUUCUCGUAACGACUACUCCUACUGGUUGUCCACUGACGCUCCUAUGCCUACCAACAUGGCUUCCAUCACAGGGGAUACACUGGCCUCCUACAUCAGCAGGUGCUCAGUGUGUGAAACCACCUCCAAUGUCAUAGCUGUCCACAGCCAGACAACUCUGAUACCUGAAUGUCCCCAAGACUGGGAGUCACUAUGGACUGGAUACUCAUUUGUCAUGCAAACGGGUGCUGGAGCAGAGGGCUCCUCCCAGCCUCUGGUUUCUCCUGGCUCAUGUCUGGAAAGUUUCCGCCAAGUGCCCUUCAUCGAGUGUCAUGGCAGGGGAACUUGUAACUACUACCCUGAUUCCUAUAGCUACUGGCUGGCCUCCCUAGAACCCAACAGCAUGUUCAGUAAACCUGUUCCUCACACAGUGAAGGGACCUUCUCUACAAAGUGUCAUCAGCCGUUGUCGCGUCUGCAGCAAACCACGGCAACAAACAGAUGACAGACGUGGGGACAAUUUUUAACAUUUAGUAUUUCCUUUUUCAAUGUCAUUUGUCAUAUGAAACUAUGAGAAAUGUGAGAUGAAAUAGUCUCGGUAGUUUGUAGUGUGUAUAUCUGUUUGUUACACUGGUGCAAGUUACACAUCUGUGUUCAUGAGACUUAGCUGUAAAUGAAAUACAAUUUCAAGCAAAUUGCCAAUCACUUUAAUUGCAGGUGUUAUAUCAUUCUGAUAAUAGUGUAUAUUAAAAUUAAUGACACAUUAAGUGAGUCAUUAUAUCUUAUCGAGGCUGUAGUAUGCAACCUGUGUGUGAUUAUUCCUGUGACACACAUGAGCCUUAAUACCAGCUAGUAAUAGCAGUGAUAAAGGUACUACUAGUUGUUGUAGUUAUACUAGCAAUAGCACCACUGUGCCCAAUUCAGUUAGUCUUUUCUUUGAAAUGUGUUGUUUCCAUUCUGUUUUACUUUAAAUACUUGAGUUGAUUUGUCAGUAACACAUUGAAAACAGGCCAUCUGUGAUGUAGAAGACAAGCCUAAAUUCUGAACAUGUAUACCGUCACAGAUGAAAACACGUCACCACUCUCCUAUGUUGCAAUGUCAACGUUACUAAAGGUGCCUUGAAUACAAACAUGCACCAAAUGUUUUGAAUCGAGCAGACGAUAGCCAGGCCACUGAGAAAUAAUUAUCUAAACAGUGCUGAUGUCAAUGAAUGAUGUAAAAAGAAUGAGGUCACAACAGAUGACACACAUGUUCCUAUGAUACCUGAAGAGGCAGCAUGUUGUAAAUGUGAUGCUAUCGCUUUGGAAUUGUAAGGUUGUUGUGUAUUCACACGCAAAUAUUGAGUCAUUUGUGCCCUCACUCUAAAAGGGUUUCUUUCAGUUUCAAUAUGUUAAAUGGUGCAUGGAAAGGAUUUAGACUUAUGACUCAUACAGCCUGCAACUUUCUACAAUCCAUUUCUAAAUGAAGUGUCUGAAGCCUCUCUCUGUGGCUUCGGGACAAAAAAAUGCACAUUAAGAUCUUGAGAGAUAUAUUGUGGAAAUGUUUCUUUUUACAUCCCAUCUUUCUUAUUUUGGUUUGUCAAUUGCAGGAAAAGACAUUAAAACAAAAUACAAAU